GUCACAUGGUGGUUAAUUACGAUUGUUUUUAUUGAUGAUGUUUGGUUGACUUUUAUGUGAUUAUUAGUAUAUAUACCCCUGCACAUACAACCUUUGAGCACACAGGAUCUUAACGAAGACCUUUUUAAUUAUCAAAAAGAUGUUCCGAUUGCUCUGCUGUCUGGCCCUUUUUUCUGUGGCCUUUGGUUUCUACUACGGAGGCAUCGGCUACGGUCAGGGACUUUACAACCCCUACUAUGGUAACAGUCUCUAUGGAAACGGUUUAUAUGGAAAUGGAUUGUAUGGAAACGGUCUCUAUGGCAACAGUCUCUAUGGUGGACUCUAUGGAAACGGUCUGUAUGGUGGUCUUUAUGGAAACGGUCUGUAUGGGGGAUUGUACGGAAAUGGUCUAUACGGGGGAAUGUACGGAAACGGCCUGUAUGGAAACGGACUGUACGGAAAUGGACUGUACGGAAGAGGCCUUGGCUAUAGCAGACUAGGCAAGAACUACUAUUAAUGGCUCCAGUCAUUUUUGACAUUCAAGAAAACUACAUUGUACCUCAAAACGCUGUUCUCAUGAUUAACACACAAAAUAAAAGCAUGCAAGGGAAAAAACUACAUAAA